AUGCGCAACGGGACGUUUGUCAUCCCUGCCACCGGCCAGCGGUCCCGGCGCCAGGUCACGCUCCGCACUCCCAGGAAUCGGUCACGCUGUGAUGGAUCCAGGCGGCGUUCGUCUAUGCCCUCUGUUGGUACGGCUGGCCAGCACCUCCAGGCCGUGUCACAGGCUGCUUGGGAAAAGUGUCUGGCUGCUUGGAGAUGGCUCCAGACUGACCAAGGCCAUCAGGUGCUCAAGUGUACGCUGGCAUAUCUGCUGGGCACCACGGUGACAUUCUGGCCACCAUUAUCGAACUUUAUGGGCCGUAGAGAUGGCAAGCAUAUUGCAGCCACCUUGACGGUAUACUUCCACCCGGCGCGUACGGCUGGGUCCAUGCUGGAGGCUGUUUUGAUUGCUGUUGUGGCCGUGGUAUACGCUGAGCUGGUCUCUCUCUUGUCAAUGGGGAUAGCAACUGCCUCUCGCGAUAUAUGGGGGUCUGCUGCCCCUGCUCAUGUCAUCGUCCUGGUGAUUUGUAUAGGAGGCGGCCUUGGCCUAGUCGGUUGGACAAAGCAGCGAUUAAACCAGCCCCUUGUGAAUACUGCGUCCACUCUAGCAUCGAUGGCAAUCAUUUCCAUUAUUACUAAAGAGGAAUCCGUCCACAAUGGCUAUUUCUCUGGGGAUAAGAUUAUACAGAUGCUCAAGCUACUCUCGCUUGGCAUCUCCUUCACCGUGGCUGUUAAUCUCCUGAUUUGGCGCGUAUCGGCAAGAACGGUGUUGCGCAAGUCGAUCCUCACGGCAGCUGUAGCGUUGGGUGAUCGCCUGUCCUUCAUCACAAGUGGAUUUUUGAAUCGUUCAGAGGAUGAGGUCAACUCACCCGAAUAUGCUGAGGCUUCCGCGCAGUAUAAUUCCGCUUAUGCUCAGAUAAUGACUACUCUUCGGGAGGCCAAAAUCGAGCAUUAUCUCCUUGGGCAAGAGAACACAUAUGCGUUGGAUAAACGCCUCAUUAAAUCACUAGAAACGCUCUCACAGGCUAUUGGGGGCUUGCGUAGUGCACUUCAGACCCAGCUUACGCUUCUGAAAGAAGGUCCAAACUCUGGCUUACCGCUGUCGUCAGGUCUAUUCUCCCCUGAGCCACCCUCACGGAUGUCCCGGACUGUGUCGUACUUUUCCGAUGAGCAACUAUCGAUUAUUGAAGAGGACGAAUUCGAACGACGUUCGAUUCCCUUCAGCCAAUCCGAUCCUACUCUAGAUCAAACGCCCAUUUUCCGCGUACCAUCAGACAUAUUUGCUCUCUUCUUGGCGUUAUUAGGUCCCUCUAUGAAGUCCUUGGCAUACACGCUAUUAGAAACGCUCAAGCAAAAUCCAUUUAGCCAAGAUCCAGAAUGCCAAGCGACGACAAUUGAGCAGCUGCGUACAAGUCUACGAGAUGCACUGGAUUUGUACGAUAACGCUAGAGGUAAAGCUCUACGUGAGCUGUAUCGAAGCAUACAGCUUGGAAGAACGCGAUCUGAGGAGAUUCAGGCCGAUAUUGAGGAGGUUGCCGCCGCUUGUGGCCACUUCUCGGUUUGCUUGCAAGGUGUAGCUGAGGAGAUGGAUGCUUAUCUUGAUGUUCUUGGAUCCGAGUCGACACAAAGCCAAGCUCGCAGCUGGAAGUGGAUCAAGGUCUGGAGACACUGGAAGCUAUUCCGACGCCGAAGAGAUUCAGAUGCCGAGAUCGAGCCCCUCUUGCCAAGGACGCCUAAGCCGACUAGCAAAAAGUCACCUACACCCCAAGGCAUACCUCCGAAAAUGCUAAAGAGAAGAGAUUCGCUUCAUUGGGACGCUUUACCGCCAGAGAAAACAAGUGCUUUUGUUCGUAACUGCUCUCAAGCUCUGCUUAAAUUUCUACGAUUCUUAACACGCGAGGACGUUUUGUUUGGAAUCAAAGUGGGCAUUGGCGCUAUUCUGUGGGCCAUGUUUGCCUUUAUCCCAGCUACGAGGCCGAUAUAUCAACACUGGAGAGGUGAAUGGGGCCUCUUGUCCUACAUGAUUGUUGUUGGUAUGACCACCGGUGCUUCUAAUACGACAGGUAGUUCUCGAUUUAUUGGCACUUUAAUUGGAGCUGCAUGUGCUUGCGUUGCCUGGUCGUUGAGCAUGACUAACCCUUGGCUCCUUGAGCUUUAUACCGCCAUUGUGGCACUGGGAAAUUUCUAUAUCAUUUUAGUCUUGAAGAAAGCUCCUCUGGGGAGAAUCUCACUUUUGGCGUAUAAUGUCAUCGUGCUGUAUGCGUACAGCCUUUCGCAGGAUGUAGAUGACGACGAUGAUGACGAGGGUGGCAUAGAUCCUCUCAUUUUCGAGAUCACUUACCAUCGAGUGUUGGCUGUCACGCUGGGAAUCCUGUGGGGAAUCCUCUUUUGCCGACUGCUAUGGCCAAUCUCUGGGAGAAGGAAAUUUCGGGAAGGGCUUUCGGUGCUAUAUCUGCAGCUUGGGCUUAUAUGGAAGCGCGGCCCGCUUGCCGGUAUCUCGAAAAACAAGAGUGUCUUGGACUUUAUGCAGGAAGGAGAGCAGACUGCGCUUCGACGAUAUGUUUUCAAAUUGGAGUCAUUGCGAGACUCUGCCAAGUCCGAGUUUGAACUUCGGGGACCCUUCCCGAAUGCCGCCUAUGGACGAAUUAUGCACUCCACCAAACAUAUUCUAGAUGGCCUUUAUGCCAUGCGUCUUAUCACGCAACGGCGACAUACCCUUUCUGAGGGUGAGAGUUCUCUGCUAGAAAUUACGUCGGCUGAAAGACUGCAACUGUGCCAGCGCCUCUGCCACGUUUUUCAAGUACUCGCAUCUAGCGUCAUGCUGGAAUAUCCUCUUACGGAUGCUAUUCCUACUAUUGAUCGCACCAGAGAUCGCCUCUUGAACAAGGUUUAUGAUUACCGGAAGAAGCACAUGGAGAUGAACUUGAGAAAUAACGAUGAAGAUGCUACUCAAACGAUGACGGAAGAGAGAGAUUUUGCUUUGCUUUACGCGUAUACCCUUGUUACGGCGCAAGUGGCUGCUGAAUUAAAGAAGAUAAAAACGGAGAUUGAAGCGUUAUUUGGAGUUUUGCAUGAGGAUGAACUGAUCUUGGAGUAA